CCGCUAGCCAGCUGUCAAUGGGCGUCUGUGACGAGCACGUUAAUGGUGUUGCCCAAAUGAAAGGAACGUCGAGCCUCCCAUCACUACUACGGUUGAACAAAUGUUACCUAACCAUCUUCACCAGCUUAGUAACUGCUGUCAGCCGAACGAGUAACUCAAGCCCAAGCUAAUGCUAACUGUUUAUUAUAACCGGUCGGUCGUGGACACGCCGUGUAAAAAGCACUCGGGAAUCGUCUUGAUCAUUUCUCAAAUGACGCGACUGUCGUCUAAAUCGCGUGGCAUGACACUCCACUCGCGCCGUGCACACAGCCACAGAGAAGUUAGAUGAGCUAGCACUAGCUCCUAGCCCUGUUAGGUAAUGUAAACACACACUGCAUCCCACUCAUGUAAACUUGACAUCCCUCAGCUGGUGUUCACUACUCCCUGUGUAUGAUAACACACACACGGACCCAAAAUACAGCCCCUUAAAAGAGCCCCCCUCCACGCGAUGGCCGUGGGUUUGCGUUUAAUUCCACCGAUUAAAGCGUUUCGUCAGAGCCUAGACAGUAUUUCAGCUGGUUUACACAAUGACAACACUGAUCAGGUCGCAGCGUGCACUACCAAACCGAAAUAUGCAGUCCGUCGAGUUAUGGCUUUCACUUGUUUUUGUCUUUUUAACGACCACUUGCAGACCAAGACCUGCUCAGUACUUAACUAGGACGUGUCGUGGUGAGUCUAGCAAACCUGACGGGCCACGUAGAAAGAGUUGGCAUCGAAAACUUCGAGCUGCUGAAAGUGCUGGGCACUGGAGCAUAUGGAAAAGUCUUCCUGGUUAGGAAAGUGAGCGGCCAUGAUGCGGGGAAGCUGUACGCCAUGAAGGUUUUGAAGAAGGCCACCAUUGUCCAGAAGGCCAAGACGGCUGAGCACACGCGAACAGAACGACAAGUUCUGGAGCACAUUCGGCAGUCGCCUUUCCUCGUAACGCUUCACUAUGCUUUCCAGACGGACACCAAGUUGCACCUUAUCCUUGACUAUGUUAACGGGGGCGAACUCUUCACACACCUGGUGCAGAGAGUCCGAUUCAAGGAGCAGGAAGUCGCCCUUUACAGUGGAGAGAUCGUCCUGGCGCUUGAGCAUUUACACGAGUUGGGGAUUGUUUACAGGGACUUGAAGCUAGAGAAUAUUUUGCUGGAUUCAAACGGUCACAUUGUCCUCACGGACUUUGGCCUCAGUAAAGAAUUUGACCAGGUUGAGAGGGCAUUUUCAGUCUGUGGGACAAUAGAGUACAUGGCUCCAGAAAUAGUGGAAGGCGGAGAGUCUGGACACGACAAGGCCGUGGACUGGUGGAGUUUGGGUGUUUUAAUGUAUGAACUUCUCACUGGUGGUUCUCCCUUCACUGUUGACGGCGAUGAGAACUCACACACAGACAUCGCCAGGAGGAUUUUGAAAAGGGACCCACCUUUCCCCAAAGACAUGAGCCCACUGGCCAAAGACCUCAUCCAGCGGUUACUCAUCAAAGAUCCCAAAACACGUUUAGGGUCUGGUCUGAACGGAGCGGAGAAUGUAAAGAAGCACCCCUUUUAUCAGAAAAUUAACUGGGAGGACCUGGCAGCGAAACAGGUUCCCGCCCCAUUCAAGCCAGUGAUCCGAGACGAGCUGGACGUCAGCAACUUUGCGGAGGAGUUCACAGAGAUGGACCCCACCUACUCGCCCGCAGCCCUUCCUCAAAACUGUGAUCGCAUCUUCCAGGGCUACUCUUUCAUGGCCCCCUCCAUUCUGUUCAAGAGGAAUGUGGUGAUGGAUGACCCGGUUCAGCUGUGCGGAGGCUCCGAGAGGCCUGGCUCGGCCGCGGUGGCCCGCAGUGCCAUGAUGAGGGAUUCACCUUUCUACGUGAGCUAUGAGAUGGACCUGAAGGACAGCGUCCUGGGAGAGGGAAGCUUCUCCAUCUGCAGGAGGUGCACUCACAAGAAGUCUGGACAGAAGUAUGCGGUGAAGAUCGUCAGCAAGAGGAUGGAGGCCCAGACUCAGCGGGAGAUCGCUGCUCUGAAACUGUGCGAUGGCCACCCGAACAUCGUCAAGCUACACGAAAUUUACCACGACCAGCUGCACACGUACCUGGUCCUGGAGCUGCUCGGCGGAGGAGAGCUGCUGGAGAGGAUCCGGAGGAAGCAGCACUUCAGUGAAACAGAAGCCAGUCGCAUCAUGCGCAAGUUGGUGUCUGCCGUCAGUCACAUGCACGACGUGGGAGUGGUGCACAGGGACCUGAAGCCAGAGAACCUGCUCUUCACAGACGAGAGUGAGAACUCCGAGAUCAAAAUCAUAGACUUCGGCUUCGCUCGCCUCAAACCACCAGACAAUCAGCUGCUGAAGACGCCCUGCUUCACCCUGCAGUACGCCGCGCCGGAGAUACUCAAAUACGACGGCUACGACGAGUCCUGCGACCUCUGGAGUCUGGGGGUCAUACUGUACACCAUGCUCUCCGGGCAGGUUCCCUUCCAGUGUCAGGAGAAGAGCCUGACCCACACCAGUGCCGAGGAGAUCAUGAAGAAAAUCAAGCAGGGAGAUUUCUCUUUCGAAGGUGAAGCCUGGAGGAACGUGUCCCAGCAGGCCAAGGACUUGAUACAAGAGCUUCUCACGGUGGACCCAAACAAGCGGAUUAAGAUGUGCGGCUUGCGUUACAACGCCUGGCUGCAGGACGACAGCCAGCUCUCUUCCAACCCACUCAUGACCCCGGACAUCCUCGGCUCCUCCACUGCCUCCGUCCACACCUACGUCAAAGCUACCUUUAAUGCGUUUAAUAAGUGCAAGCGCGAGGGUUUCCGCCUGCAGACGGUGGACAAGGCUCCGCUGGCCAAGCGCCGGAAGAUGAAGAAGACGAGCACCAGCACAGAGACUCGCAGCAGCUCCAGCGAGAGCACUCACUCCUCCUCGUCCUCCUCCCAGUCUCAAGAGAAGACGUCAACGGAAGGCGACGCCAACCUGCAGCCGCCCAACACCACUCCUCUCACCACCCCCGUCCACACACCCGUCGCCCUGGACAACCAAGUGCCGCCGGCCUUUCACUUCUCCGAAGGAAUGUGAAGGAGGAGCUGCUGAUGGAUGAUGACCCGUCCCUGACCGAGGCCCAGUCAUUUGCAUGGAUGUCCGCACGUCUCCCAGAGCAAGCAUGCCGUAGACGACUCCCCCGUCUCAUCCGUCAGCUCCAGCAAUAGACCACCCUUUCUUUCUCGCUGGCUGUCAAUCAGGGACCUGAUGGAAGGGCUGCCCUCCUGCCCCGGAGAAACACCACCAGUCUCUCCGUCGGCUUCGUCCAACCGCCCCUCGUUCGUGAGCAAGUCAUCGUGUUUACAUCCUGGAUUUGAUUUCAUCCAAGAGCAGAUUGUGUGUGUGUGUGUGUGUCAAAUGUGUGUCACUGUUUGUGGGUCCACAGAAACAGCAUAGUAUUUAUAUGUGAAUUUUACAGACUUGAAAAGUAUUUAUGAUAAGCUGCAGUAAAUAUUAACUUAUUUAUGGCUCAGACUACUCUGGGUGAAACCGUAAGACUUUUUAAAGAGAAAUAAUAUUUUGUGCGUACAUCUGUGUGUGUGUGUGUGUGUGUGUGUGUGUGUGUGUGUGUGUGUGUGUGUGUGUGUGUGUGUGUGUGUGUGUGUGUGUGUGUGUGUGUGUGUGUGUGUGUGUGUGUGUGUGUGUGUGUGUGUGUGUGUGUGUGUGUGUGUGUGUGUGUGUGUGUGUGUGUGUGUGUGU